UACCUAUUGGUGAUCUAGCCUCACUCCGGGAUAAACCUCCAUGACAGGACAGAUCAAACUAUCACGGCUCUUAUAAAAUUGCUCGAAGACCAAAACAGCAUCAUUGCAGAAUCGGCUGAGAUGACUUUACUCAGACAAGCAAAUUUGAACGGUGAUGUUACUACAGCUCUUGUGGGAUUGCUUAAAACCGGGCACAGUAAGACCCGAUCUUACGCAGUGAAAGUUUUGAGGGAGCAACCGAACUUGUUAGAUGACAACGUCAAAGAUUUGAUACACAUGCUGAGAGACGCGCAGCUGGAUGAAAAUAUUCGAAACGACAUAUCUCCGAUCUUAAUACGUCAAGCCAAACUCUCAGCCAACAACGUUGCAGCUCUCUUAGCAAUCUUCAAAGCUGCAAGUCCACACUUGCAAGUUCCUAUUAGUCUGAUCCUAGGAAAGCCUUCGAAUUCUUUGUCUCCAUUGGUUAUUUUAGAUCUUGAAAGACUUCUUAGGAGCUCAAGGGAGAGUGAUCAAAUUGCUGCCGCGAAGGCGUUGUGCGGACAAUCGAAUUUGCCAGAUGAUGAUAUCAAAGUUCUUAUGACGCUUCUACGCUCCCAAAAUUCGGAGGUCCUAUCCACUGCGGCUAUAUUACUUGGGAAUCAAACAAAUUUACAUGAUGAGGCUAUUAUGAGCCUCGUUUCAACAAUGGAAUAUCCAAGGGGGGACGCAUCAUAUGAAGCCUUCAGGGCCCUGAGGAAUAGGACCGAUUUGCCAGAUAGCAUCACUACUGCUCUUAUCAAGCUCUUUGUACAUAAAAGUGAUGCUGUCCGAUCUUUGGCUGCUGGUGUCAUGGAAAUCCAGUCCCAGGUAUCUCGCAAGGUCGCCAAAUUACUCCUGUCAUUGCUCAGAAGCGCGGAUGGUACGGAAUAUUUUUCUUGUGCUGGAACAAUGGGAGGCCGCCCUGUUUUCUUGGACAAAGUUCUCGACGCCUUAGGGCUACCGUUGCAACCAAGAAGAUCAGCAACCGCGAGUACUCUUGGCCCGAGCCUCGAAGAUAUAGAAACGCUCUAUACCAGCUUCUUCUACCGUAGUUUUAAUGAGCAAUUCUGGGUGCAAGUCAAUAACGACGGAAUCUUAAGCCUUCAUCAACCAAGUGGAACGCGGGUAGCUUCUAUUCCAAACCUAACACCAGAUAUUGUUCUGGGCUGGCGAAGAAAACUGGCAGACUCUGUGGCGAAAAAGGCUGGAUCACAGAAGUAUAGCUUGUAG